AAACAAAUUCAAAAAAACCCUUGUUAAUUUAGAAGAAAUAAUUAAAUAAGGGUGGGAGUGUAUUAAUAUUCCUAUAAUUAAUGAAAAUGGACAUUAUACAAUGGUAUGGUAGAAGAUAUUGAAAAAAUCAAUUCGGGCUUUUCCAAGAUGGCGAUAAUGACGCAAGUAUUAAUAGUGGAAGGAGUAGAAUGGUGUGACCUAAACUUUAUUAUAUUUUCUAGGGGAUAAGUGGGAAGGAAUCUGGUGGAUGAGCGUGUUAAGCGAAAAACAGUGGACUUAGAACGCUAUGCUUUGCCAGUCUUUGACAUACCCACUGUAAAGAGUAUCACGAGUGACGAACGACACACAAAACUUGCAUUCUUCGAUUAUUUUUAUCUUUCUUUUUUUCAUUUUCUUCAUCUUCGAAAAUUAAAAUAAUAAUAAUAAUCGUCUCCUCGAUAUAAUUCACAAUUAAAUCAUCGAAAUUUUAAAUUUCAUCAAACGUGUAAUUAUUGAACUGUGUACAUUUUCCAACGAAAUCGAAGGACUUGAAUUUUCUUUUAAAGAAGAAAAGAAAUCAAAUCGUAAUGGCGGAAACAAAUAUAAACAAUAUAUCGGACAGAAUACAAGAGACUUUCCAAGGUCAAAAUAUUUUUAUAACAGGUGGAACUGGUUUUUUAGGAAAAGUGUUGCUCGAAAGAUUUUUACGUUCUUUUCCAGGAAUUAUACAAAUUUUUAUACUCGUUAGACCAAAAAAGGGCAAGGAACCUAAAGAACGUUUGGAAGAGAUCUUCAAGUCACCGAUAUUCGACAAAGUUCGUGAACAAAGAGGAUUGGAAACAAUGUACAAGAUGGUAACACCAAUACAAGGAGACGUAAUGUUGCCGGGAUUUGGCAUUUCAGCAGAAGAUAAAAAAAUAUUAAUUGACAAAGUUACCAUCGUUUAUCAUGCAGCGGCAACCGUUAGAUUCGAUGAGAUGUUAAAGAAAGCGGUAUUGUUAAAUACACGUGGUACGCAACAAAUGGUAGAAUUGGCGAAAGAAAUGAAGAAUUUAAUAUUUUUCGGUUACAUCGGUACUUCCUAUUGUCACCUCGAAGAAAAAUUAUUGGAAGAAAAAUUUUAUCCACCUCCUGCGGAUCCUCAUAAGAUAAUAAAAUGCGUCGAGUGGAUGGACGAUGAAGUUGUGUCGGCUAUAACAAAAAAAAUCUUAGGUAAAGUACCAAAUACCUACGCCUUUACAAAAGCUUUGUCGGAAAGGAUUAUUGAAGAAGCUAUGCCACAUAUUCCAGCAGUCAUUUUAAGACCAAGCGUUGUUAUACCUGUUUGGAAAGAACCACUACCAGGUUGGACGGAUAACAUUAAUGGCCCGACAGGUCUUCUAAUAGGUGCUGGAAAAGGAGUGAUUAGGAGCAUGUAUUGCAAUGAAAACGGCUAUGCCGAUUAUCUUCCUGUUGAUGUAUUAGUAAAUGCAAUUCUUGCUUGCACGUGGAAUUUUGUUUACUGUAAAGAUCGUGAUAAAAGAAUAUACAAUCUUACUAGCAGUAGCGAUUUCAAAGUUUCGUGGAGGGAAGUAAUAGAAAUUGGUCGUCGUGUAAUAGAAAAAGUACCUUUAAAUGGAGUAGUUUGGUACCCAGGUGGUAGUAUGAAAAAAUCACGUCUUUAUCAUGACAUCUCCGUGUUUUUAUUCCAUACGAUUCCUGCUUACUUUAUUGAUGCAAUUUUAUAUCUUGCGCGUUACGAGCCAAUUAUGUGUCGAGUUCAACGUCGCAUACAAAAAGGAUUUGAAGUGUUCGAAUAUUACGCCAAUAAUCAAUGGGAUUUUAUUAAUGCAAAUAUAAAGGCAGUGACGAAUAAAUUAAAUGCAAGAGAGUACGACACAUACUAUUUGCACGGAAAUGACAUGGACACGUACAAAUAUUUCGAAGAUUGCGUACGUGCUGCAAGAAUUUAUAUUUUAAAUGAACCUGCCGAAACUUUGCCAGCAGCUCGUCGACACAUUAGAAUAAUGUAUUGGUUAGACAUAUUUACGAAGAUUCUUUUCUUUGCAUUGACAAUCUACCUGCUGUUUUCAUGGAUUAGCGGUUUCGAAACAUUUUUUGAAAGCAGCUGGACUAGUGCAAAGAAAAUAUUACCUUUCUAAUUAGACAUAUUCCUGGUUUUAUAAUUACUUUUCUACUGUUUUGUAUUGUGACCAAAUAAAAACUCAACGUUAUA